AUGUUUAUAGACGCAGUUAACCAUGUAAUAGAGACAAAGAAACGAGGAGCUUUUAUAGUAGAUAUUGAAGAUAUUCUAUAUUAGAAAAUUCCACAUAUUGGUUUAGUAUAUAUUGUAACUCAUGAUUUAGCAGAGAAAGGUUAACUCUAUAUAAGUGAGUAUGGUGAAAAACUAAAAAAUAGAGUAUUAUUUGCAACAUUUCCUAGGACAGGAAAUUCGUUUCUAAGAUAGUAUUUUGAAGACAUAACAAAUAUUGUUACUGGAUCAGAUAUGGACUUCUCAGCAACUUAUGAAGUAUGUUUGAACGGUUUCAAAGGUGAGGGAUACCUAGACGAUAGAGUAUGGAUCUAAAAGAGUCACUAUCCAAUGUAAACUUUUCAUGUUGGAAUGAGCAAGGCUAACAGAGUAAUCACGACUAUCAGAAAUCCUCUUGACACUACUAUAUCCUGUUACGAGCUUUUUUGCACACAUAUGCAAUCAUUUUGCUUCUCAGAUUAAUAUUACGAAGAAAAAAGAGAUCAUUUCACUAAAUUUCUCCAAAGUAAUUUAAUUGCUUAUCAGUAGUAUGUGAAGCAACUCUAGGAAGAGAGCUUAGAGUAAGGUGUUCCCUUUUAUUAUGUAAGAUAUGAAGACUUGCUUGUUAAGCCAUAGGAGACUUUAGAAGAGCUAUUUAAAUAUAUGUUAGGUGUUGAGAAUAUAGAAGGCACUUUAAUUCAAUAAUAAAUAGUAAAAGCAGUAAAGAAAAUGAAUAAAGGAAAAACAAUUUACAAGAUACAGCAAAUAGGGAUCAACAAGCACAGAAAAAAGUUUAAUGAUGAUAUGAUUGAUUGGGUGGCAAAAGAGCUCCAUUGGUUUAAUCAUUAUUUUGGGUACACAAAAUCAAAUGAUGAUGAGAAUAGCUUUGAUAUUCUCUAAUAUGACUAAACAAAUAGUGGUCAGGAUAUUUAUCUUUAGUACCUUUAUCACAAUAUUGAUGCCAUGAAGCAAUCUCUAAGUGGGAAUGUCGAGAAAUGGUUCACAGUCUAUAGACCAGAAAAAGCAAUGAAAUAUAUGAUUGAUUUCUAAGGCCCAAUUAAUCUCCCUUGA